AUGCGCCUUUCCAGAAAGCGCAACUCCAUCUUUAUGGCAGCGGCAGAACUGGCAGCUCUAACCUCUGACAUAAAGGGCAGCAAAAAGACGGGGUCAGGAACACGGAUGAUGGGGUAUGAAGUGUACGAUGUAGACGGAGAGACGCUAUCUGAUCUUGUUCCUCGUUUAAACUGCGCUACGAAACGUGAAAUGGCGGUGGACCGGGAGUCGUACGCGGCCUCGUUUUUUGGAGUAUCCCGUGAAGCUCCGAAGGCUAAACGAGAACCGCGUUCUGUCUACGGAGAAUGUGACGAAACGGAUCACGAUACCCGAAAGAUGAACUGUUAUGAAGAGUUAAGUUUUGAGCGACCUGAAGACAGGGAGUUUUAUCAACGGAAACUGUAUGGCACGGCGUUUGUGCCGCAGAAUGUGCGUGGCUGGAUAACGCUGAUUGUCCGAAAUGCGCGCUUUGAGCGCAAGGCCACGGGGAUCCGGUUCAAUCAGGAUCGUGAUCGGGAGGCGUUCGCAGCAACACUGAGCCAGCGGUAUACUCUGAAGAAGUCAGUGCCGCGGUGUGACAUACCUCGAGAAAACUGGCAGAAGCUGAUGAGGAAUGAGCCGGCUACGGUGUACUUGCACUACUACAACCGCGAGGACGCUGGGCGAGCAGCACAAGUGUUUCGUGAUGAUCUUGGACAACCUCUGCAGAUUCGAUGGGAGCUUAAAGCUGGGUCGAGAAUUAGAAGAUGCUCUUCUCUUGCCGCCCGGUCAACGCCCCAACUAUCUCCACGCCGCUCUUGCUCCAGUGAGCGAAGUGCUCCAGAGCCGUCCCCUCUUCCUUCGCAAAAUGGCAGCGCGCGAAAUACCCCGGUGUGGCGACGAGAGCGCGACGCAACUUUGAAAAGGAAGAUACGGGCCAUCCUUGACUGGCAACAAGCGGUCACAUGA